AACCAAUCAUUGGUGGACAAGUAGUCCAACCCAAGAUUGAAUGCCUUCCAAAGGCAAAGAAAAAACAUUAGCGCAUAAAACUCAAAAACACAAUCCGCAAAAUGUUGUCCAAUUUGCAAUAAUACUAAAAGGAGACAUAUUUUCAAACUCCAUAGUCACAAUGUCCAAAAUGAAGCCAAGAAGUGUAGCUGGUCCCCCAUUCAACUUCUUUCCUCUUAUGUUCGAAAAUUCUCGCAUUUCUUUUCCUUCAUAUCCCAAAAGGGAGCCAAAAAAAGCACAUGACAAAGAGUCUUACCUCUUUCCCCUCAUCCCAAACUACUAAAAUCCACACUAAGCAUAAAUAUCAUUGAUUUUGGAGCCACCCAAGAAAUACAAACAAACUGAAACAAUGUAUUAUAUAGUGAAUGUGUCAAGGGACAAUGCAAGAAUAAGUGGUCCACAUUCUCAGCAUCACCCUUACACAUAAUGCACCAAUGCGAUGAAAGACAAUUCAGAAGUUUUCUUUUUUGAAGCAUAUAACUGGUAUUAAUCUUCCCAUGCGUAACUGUCCAUGCACAAAUUUACAACUUUAAAAGCACUCGAGCCCUCCAAAUCUUCUAAUAUGGAAGAAAUAAAAGAAGUGAAGGAUCAUCAAUUAGAGAUUCAAAAUAAGAUUUGCAAGAAAAAAUACCCAAAGGAUUACUAAUCUAGAUUCUUUCAUCCAAAUGGAGACAAUAAGAGAUCAUUAAGCAUGGAAAGAUGCCCUACAAAUUCAGAAUACUCUCUAUCAUUAAGGGUCCUACGAAACCCAAAAUCUCAAGUACUCAAAGAUGAAUACAAAGUAACUAAAGAAGCAAUGUAUCUACCAUGUUAACAAGAAAGACGAUAAAGGUGAGGAAAAAAAACUGGAAAAAAAAAGAAGACUCUCCCGCCAAACAUCCUCCCAAAAUCGCACCCUGGACCCAUUCCCCACCAUAAACCUAACUCUUUGAAAGUAACUAGGUAACCUAUGGGCUUUGGAAGGACCCUAUGGACCUUAUUGGCAUCCCGCUCAUUACCUCUAAACCAGGUGUUAAUCAUGGAGGAGACUGAGCUUGUUUGAAGAAGCUGAAAACGCGGUUUGUGGCGUGGAUAAUAGCUUUGCUAGAAUAUCAACUACUCUAUCUUGGGUGGACAGAAAAUUGAUUUGGAGAUUUCCUUUGGCCACAUUGUCACUAAUGAACAAAGAGAAAUUUAGUAUGCUUCAUGUAAUUGUAGAGGAUGGGGUUUGCAAUGAGGAAAGCAGUGUCAAUAUUAGCACACCACAAUGUUAGGUGUUGAGGCUGUGGAACAUGGAGCUCUUUGAGAAGGGACUAGAGCCACAGAGUUUUAGAGGUAGUGUUAGCCAAAUCCUUAUAUUCUGCUUUGGUGCUAGAAUGGGUGAUGAUGCGCAGUAUACUAGAGGAGGUCGAUUAUAUACCACCAUUGAUUGAUGAGAAGACCAUUGGAAAUAUUGAGAAUGUUGCGACUCAAAUCCUCCAUAGUAGAACCAAGCAAAAUAGGAUGGACGGGAGGGUCGUGGUUCUAUUGAAGCGAGUGCCAAAAGGCCCUAGUGAGACUGAAGCGGCGUUAGACACAGCUUCUAUGGGUGUUAUGUCAGUCACUGGUCAAGGAUUUGAAGCACCUAGUGCUUUUGUGGCGGUUAUGCAGCUAGCGCAAAGGGGAAUACAAAGGAGUUGUUGCACAGGGUACACUAUAGGUGGAGGAAGAAGAUGGAUAACAACAGUGGAUGGUGGGUCAAAUUGUCGAGACUAUGUUGCUGCCGAACCAGGACAUCGAUAG